GUAGGAAAUAUAUAAAGCCCCUAUUACGCACCCUGCUUUCUGCUUCUUCAAGCUCCUCAUCACACCGUCCUUCCUCCUCAUUCUCUUCGGAUCGCGGACUGAGGGCGGGAGCGCCGGCAUAGGCAAAACAGCAUGGUGCAUGUCUCGUUUUACAGAAACUAUGGGAAAACCUUUAAGAAGCCCAGACGUCCUUAUGAGAAGGAGCGUCUGGACGCGGAGCUGAAGCUUGUGGGAGAGUAUGGGCUGAGAUGCAAGAGGGAGCUGUGGAGGGUGCAGUAUGCUUUGAGUCGCAUUCGUAACAAUGCGAGAAUGCUUCUGACACUGGACGAAAAGAACCCACGUCGGAUUUUUGAGGGUGAAGCCCUUUUGAGGAGGAUGAACAGGUACGGGCUACUGGACGAGAGCCAGAACAAGCUCGAUUACGUGUUGGCCCUCACUGUGGAAAACUUUCUUGAGCGCCGUCUUCAAACGCUGGUCUUCAAGUCCGGAAUGGCCAAGUCCAUUCACCAUGCCAGAGUGCUUAUCAGGCAGAGGCAUAUUAGGGUUGGGAGACAGGUAGUUAAUAUUCCAUCUUUCAUGGUGAGAGUGGAUUCACAGAAGCACAUUGAUUUUUCACUGACAAGUCCUUUCGGCGGUGGGCGCCCUGGGAGAGUGAAGCGCAAGAACCAAAAGGCAGCUGCCAAGAAAGCUACUGGUGGAGAUGGAGAUGAAGAGGAGGAAGAGUAAGCUCAAAACUUUAGAUCUAAGAGGACAAUGGUAAUAAUAGGAUUUUCUAUCGUAAUUUAUCAUUUCUUUUUUGAAUUAUAAAUGGUCUUUCUGAGAAUGCUAUAGGGAAGUUUUGCUUUUGUUUCAUUGGAUAUUAUCGAGCAUGUGUUUUUUCUGGUAACUGUUGGAUAUUAGGUGCUUCAUCAUCAUCAUCGUGAGAAUUGAUCUUGAAUUUCAUGGUUAAGUUCCAAUUUUGGCGA